GCUUUUUGAAACUCUAGUGGUUCUGCACAGCUUUGGCAGUAACUGCAGGGCUGCUCACAAAUGCAACUGUGAGCAGAAGGAUUAGCAAUGCAUUCUGUGAAGAGAAUGUCUUAGGAUCUGCCACAUCUCCCUCUAAAAAAGUAUUAAAGAACGACAUGGAUCAAGUAGAACAGCUUUCAGCCACCAGAAGGAAGAGCUGCCUCUCAGUUGACAAGAAAAAGAGCAAUGGCUGUAGAACCGUUGUGGGAUUUUUAUGCAUAUUCCCUGUGGUGGCUUUGCUGGCUGUGGUGGGAGAUCCAGCUGGAGCUGCAGUUCAGAAAAGUCAGGAAGACGCCACAUCACCCGGUCUUCAUGGAGCGAGUGCUUCUGCUUUGCACAGUCCAGCUUUCCCACCUCGGCCUCCAGCACGGAGAAAACGAUACACGAUCACACCGGGGCACUUGAAAUGGGACCACUUCAACUUGACCUACAAAAUCCUGUCCUUUCCGAGGAACCUCAUAAACGCCAGGGACACGCGCAGGGGACUGGCGGCUGCGUUCCGAAUGUGGAGUGAGGUUUCGCCGUUCAGCUUCAGAGAAGUGCCGCGCCACGUCCCUAGUGACUUGAAAAUAGGCUUCUACUCCAUCAAUCACACAGACUGUCUGGAGUCUCUCAUUCACCACUGCUUCGAUGGAACGACAGGGGAACUUGCCCACGCCUUCUUCCCGCCCAACGGGGAAAUCCAUUUUGAUGACCACGAGUAUUGGAUAUUGGGGAAUACCCGGUUCAGCUGGAAAAAAGGUGUUUGGCUUACGGAUCUGGUGCACGUCGCAGCUCACGAGAUAGGACACGCCUUAGGACUCAUGCACUCCCUGAACCCCAACGCCCUCAUGCACAUCAAUGCCACUUUGACUGGGAAAAAGACCAUCUCUCAGGAUGAAGUCUGGGGAAUCCACAGACUUUACGGCUGUAAAGACAGAUUAUUUAUGUGCCCAGCGUGGGGACAAAAAGGUUUCUGCGAGAAACGCAGGAAGCUGAUGAAGAAGCACUGUCCCUCCACCUGUGACUUCUGCUAUGAAUUCCCAUUUCCCACGGUCCCCCCUACUCUGCCCCCGCCAAGGACAAAGACCAAAACUGUUUCUGAAGGCAGGAAUGUCACCUUCCGCUGCGGACAGAAGAUAAUUCAUAAAAAAGGCAAAGUCUACUGGUAUAAAGAUAAGGAGCUUCUGGAAUACUCAUAUCCAGGUUACCUGUCCUUAAACGAAGAUCACAUGAGCAUCAUUGCAAAUGCAAUUAAUGAAGGAACUUACACUUGUAUAGUGAAGAAAAAAGAAAGAAUCUUGACUACUUAUUCCUGGAGAAUCAGACUGAAGCACUAA